AUGUCGGCACCUUCCCCACCACCACGGGGACCACCAGGAAGCGACACCCCCGAGCUGGCACCUACACAAGUCACCUCGCUGCUGCUAGAGCAGUAUCUCUCCGCCUCCUCCCAACCAGGGCAGCAACACCCACCUCAUCAACCACCUCCCCCUCAAGAGAUCACCAACCCCAACAACGACAUGAAACCCUCCCCCUCCCACACCAUCACCCAGGAAAAACCAACCCUUUCCACCUCGACCUCAAGACAACCCUCCUCCCGCACCGCAACCGCCCAAGGCGAGGUCCUCCCAGACAAUGGCGCCCUCCCCCUCCACAACAACAACAACAACCUAGGUCUCAAACUCUCCCGCACCCGCACCGCCGCCCAGGCAGUAAAACGCUCCCUCCAAAUCCGUCACACGGGCGAGUCCCACCGCUCAGGAAUUCACCCUUUUCACUUCCUCCGCAUAGUCUACCAGUCCUCCUCCCGGGCCUCCCGCAUGGUCAACUUCCUCUGGCCCGUCGUCCCCGUCGCCAUCGCAGUCCGCUAUGCCCUCACCCCCUCCCCAACAGCAAACCUAGUCAUCUUCAUCCUCGCUUACCUAGCCAUGGUCCCCUGCGCGAACCUCAUCGGUUUUGCCGGGCAGGAACUGUCACGGAAGUUCGCCCAUGUCUGGGGGGUGUUAGUGGAGACGACGCUCGGGAGCUUGGUGGAGAUUAUCAUGUUUAUCGUCUUGAUCACGAGGGAGCAGAAGGAGGGGGGGAUCGAUUACGUGCAGGUGAUCAAGGCAGCGAUAUUGGGGAGUGUGCUGGCGACGAUGUUGUUGUGUUUGGGGUUGUGUUUUUUUGCCGGGGGGUUGAGGAGGGAGGAGACUGGGUUUAGUGAGGCUGUUAGUGAGGCUGGGUCUGGGUUAUUGCUUACUGCUGGUUUCGGCCUGGCCAUCCCGACGGUUUUUCAUCACAGUCUGAUCAACAGCGGCAAACUCCCCGAAGAGGAGCUCAUCAGCAAAACGAUCGAAAUCUCGCGAUCGAUGGCUGUCUUGCUGUUGAUUGCCUACUUGAUCUAUGUCUUUUUCCAAGCCCACACCCACCACGGCAUCUACGACGCCAUCUUUGUUGCCGACGAGGCGAGGGAUGAGGAUAGACACAACCCAAAGUACUCGCACCACUCCAACCGGCUCACCUUGACAGAGUGCUGUCUCGCCCUGGCGGUAUCCAUCGCGCUCGUGACCGUUAUUGCCAUCACGCUGGUGGAUCAGAUACACAAUCUUGUCACUGAGCGGCACGUUUCAGACGCGUUUGUCGGGUUGAUUCUUGUGCCGCUUGUGGAAAAGGCGGCGGAGCACCUGACGGCGGUGGACGAGGCGUACGACAACCAGAUGAACUUUGCACUUUCGCAUGUGCUGGGAGCGACGCUGCAGACGGUCAUGUUUAAUGCGCCGCUGGUGGUGAUUGUGGGGUGGGGGUUGGGGAAGCCGAUGGGGUUGAACUUUGAGGUUUUUGACCUUGCGGUGCUGUUGUUGGCGAUCUUGACGGUGGGGAACUUUUUGAGGGAUCAAAAGAGUAAUUAUUUGGAGGGGGCGUUGUGUGUGAUUGUUUAUGUUGGGAUUGCUGUUGCGGCGUUGUAUUAUCCUAAUCCUCAUCAUGGGUCGAGUGAGGGGGUUGGGCAUCAUUAG